CUAAACAGAAUCCGGUCUGCUGCCAUGGACAGUGUGAAGAUGGACUCUGUCCAGAUUAAAGAGGAGUUCCCUGAACUUGAACUUGUCCCCAUUAGAGUGGAGUUCUCUGGGCUGGCUUCCCUCCCCAUUAAACAGGAGCUCUGUGAGAUGCAAUGUGAGAGCAGUCAGCCAGAGGUCUCUGACAUUAAAGCUGAGCACAAUGAAUUGGAGAUCCCCCAGACAGAAGAACCCCUUCCUGUUAAACAAGAAGAGGUGCUGGAAACUGUCCGUAUUAAACAGGAGCCCCCUGAAGUAGAGUUUGAGCACAUGGAACCAGGGAAGGAAGAAUCCAAGGACUUCAAACCAAACACCCCUGAGCUGGAGCCUGUACGCCUGCGGGAGUGUAGCGUGGUGCUGGAGAGAAUCUGCGUGAGAGAGCAAGGCGCUGGAGAGGAAGGUUCUCCCAACAGCACGCAAGGAGGUGGAAAGGAAGACGGGCGCUCCCAUUCAGAAUGCAGUCUAGCAGGUUCCAGUCCAGCAGCUAAAGCGAGGGCGGGCGGUGGAGAAUAUCCUGACUGUGGGAAAGGUUUCACCCAGUUAGGAAACCUGAAAACACACCAGCGAAUUCAUACAGGAGAGAAACUGUAUAGCUGCUCUGACUGUGGGAAGAGUUUCAGAGAAAGAGGAACCCUGACAAAACAUCAGCGAAUUCACACAGGAGAGAAACCGUAUUGCUGCUCUGACUGUGGGAAGAGUUUCAGAGUUUCAGGAAAACUGAAAACACACCAGCGAAUUCAUACAGGAGAGAAACUGUAUCGCUGCUCUGACUGUGGGAAGAGUUUCAGAGAAAGAGGAACCCUGACAAAACAUCAGCGAAUUCACACAGGAGAGAAACCGUAUUGCUGCUCUGACUGUGGGAAGAGUUUCAUUCAGUCUGUUCAUCUGAAAACACACCAGCGAAUUCACACAGGAGAGAAACCGUAUUGCUGCUCUGACUGUGGGAAGAGUUUCAUUCAGUCAGAUCAUCUGACAACACACCAGAGAAUUCACACAGGAGAGAAACCGUAUUGCUGCUCUCACUGUGGGAAGAGUUUCAGUCAGUCAAGAGCCUUGAAUAAACACCUGCGAAUUCACACUAGAGAGAAACCAUAUAUCUGCUCUGACUGUGGGAAGAGUUUCAGCCACACAGAAUCCCUGAAAACACACCAGCGAAUUCAUACAGGAGAGAAACCGUAUUGCUGCUCUGACUGUGGGAAGAGUUUCAGUCAGUCAGGAUACAUGAAAACACACCAGCGAAUUCACACUGGAGAGAAACCAUAUCUCUGCUCUGACUGUGGGAAGAGUUUCAGUCACACAGUAUCCCUGAAAGCACACCAGCGAAUUCAUACAGGAGAGAAACCAUAUUGCUGCUCUGACUGUGGAAAGAGUUUCCGUUUUAAAACCAAUCUUCAUACACACCAACGAAUUCACACAGGAGAGAAACCGUAUCACUGCUCUGACUGUGGGAAGAGUUUCCGUACUAAAAAUGACCUUCGAGUACACCAACGAACUCAUACAGGAGAGAAACCGUAUUGGUGCUCUGACUGUGGCAAGCACUUCCGUCAGGCAGGAGCUCUGAAAUCACACCAGAGACGAAGCCCAUGUUCAUUCAGAACGAAACCUUAACCUUUCAUUAUGAGUCCCUGUGUAAUUUACUGUUUUGUGUAUCGCUCUAGAGCUUGAGAUUUAAAUGGUCAAAAUGCUGUUCAGCUCUCUUGCACUCUGAUUGUGUCAGAAAGUGGGCGGAGACGCGGACACGUCACAAGAGGCUUCUCUGCUGUCAGUUUAACUCAGGCUGUCAAUGCAGUCAGUGCCUGGGAGCGGGAAUAUGCAGAAAGGAAACUAUUCUACACCUCAUCUGAUGGACGAGUCAGGAGAAAUUGAUAACUCAGUGUGGGGAAUGAGUUUCAGGGUUUAGCAUUUAAACUGCAUAGACUUGAAAAUAAAUACAUUGAUGGGAACGAGUAUCCCGACCCCGGUAUGUAGCAUCCCAGAGACAAGACUGCACCGUCCUUACUGGACAACCGCCUGGAGGGUUUGUCUUGUACAUUUUGUCACGUUUCUAGAACAAAUGAAUCACAUCAAUGAUUGAAUAUUUUGCAAUGUGCAUUGUCCAUGCUUUUAUUUUACACUGCUUUUGUAAACUGCACCAUGUAAUACAAGUGUAGCACGCAUGUGUACGGGUCAUAGGUACAGAAACUCAGACAGGUUUUAUACCAACUCUUUCUUGCUCUUUUGCAGUGUUGGACCAUAAGAGUAGUUAAAGGGCUCCUCUGUGGUAUGAUUGUGUGGCACCUGCAGAUGUACAAGGGAGUGGAGAAAUGUGUAGCAUUGUAGAGCUUACCAGGAAUAGGCCCCGGUAGCCAUGGCGACUUGAGGUGAAAUGGCCUGAUCACCAAAGUAACACCAAUAUGUAUUGGGUGAGAACGCCUCUCCCGAAUUCCUGAGCUUUGGAGGCCCAGAAUAAACAAGAUCGGGUUGCACCAGGACUCCAAGGUGAGAGGUUGAAGAUGAAUAAUCCUUUGUGCUAGGGUUAGGUUUUCAGUAAGAAGAGAGAGUUACGGGUAACAGCCUUACAAGAGCUCUUCACAAUAUUCAACAGGGACACCCCAUAGUUUGAUCAACAUUAUAAGAAACUUAAAUAAAUCAAAAGGCCAUAAAGAGAAACUCGACCAACUGGGUUGCAAUCGAAGAAAGGAAAAGUCAACAAAUGUUGAACCAAUAAUGAAUGAACUGAUUCAGCCUGCUGCCACUGGUCAAAUUUACAGCAAGAGUUUUCCAAUCCACUGAGCGAGUCUGGGUUGUGUGACCAGGAAUACAAGCAAAUCCUACAGGAAAUCAGCCUCUGACGCUGGAACAUUGAACCACAAACAACAACUUCAUUCUAACCUGCAUCGACUACAAGACAAAGAUUGAGUAUCCCAGCUCAACUAAAGAGUGCAGAGAUUGACAGAAUCUAUAUGUGGGAAUGUAAUACAUGUAGAAUUGAGUAUCCCAGCUCAGCUAAAGAGUGCAGAGAUUGACAGAAUCUAUAUGUAGGAAUGUAAUACAGGUAGAAUUGAGUAUCCCAGCUCAACUAAAGAGUGCAGAGAUUGACAGAAUCUAUAUGUGGGAAUGUAAUACAUGUUGAAUUGAGUAUCCCAGCUCAGCUAAAGAGUGCAGAGAUUGACAGAAUCUAUAUGUGGGAAUGUAAUACAGGUAGAAUUGCAGAAUGAUGAGUUAUAAAGUAUAACAGGGUGUGGCUGUAAGUCGCUGGACAAGAGAAACGGGUCAGUGUAAUAUCUGAUGGAACAAUCUGACAUUAUGAGACGUGUAAAUAUUUGAAGCGAUCUGGUUAAUUGUGUAACAGGUGCUGGAACGAAUACAGGAUGGAUAAUAACACAUGUAACAGUGUUCAGUUUAAGGGUCGUGGAUUCUAACUGAAAGAUAUAUAAAUAAACAACAGAUUGCUAAAGCAUGAAUUACGAUUUCGUAAUAUCCUAUUUGAAUUUACUGAGAUUAUAUUUCUUUCCUGGCUCUUAUACUGUAUAUUCAAACAAUUCUACUUGCAUAUCUUAUUCAUGCUAUUUUGCUUAUUGACACAAGAACAUUAUUGUUGUUAUUAUUAUUAUUAUUAUUAUUAUUAUUAUUAUAGAAUGACAAAUAUAGAUGAUUGAUCGAAUGGUUGCUUUUACUUAUCAUUGAUAUUUUCCAUUGAAGCUGAAAUAGUACCUGAAUAUUAUCCAUUGCUUAACUUCACGUUGUGAUUAUUGUGAUACACGUGUUCUUUCUUCCUUUUGUAGCGUAUCACUGAACUCACUUUGAUAAAAUGGAUCAUCUAUAGAACAGUGUCGUGGUGUUAUUGUUCCACUGGGUUUCAUUUUCUGGAUCUUGAGCUUUACAUGCAUCAGAUGGUUCUUCUUGGUUGAAUAUUGUAAAUGUACUCAAUUAACCCUACAGCAGUAUUUACACUCAGUGACAAAUAACAAAUGAAAAUGCAGUGUGGUAAUGGAAUCAGCAUGGGGGGUCUGUAGAUUACAGAGCACAGGAUAAUAUACAAUGCAGUGUGGUAAUGGAAUCAGCAUGGGGGGUCUGUAGAUUACAGAGCACAGGAUAAUAUACAAUGCAGUGUGGUAAUGGAAUC